AUGGAUAAAGAUUUCGAUCUUGAUUUGGCUUUAACGGUGGUGGGAAUUUCAGGCAGCACGACGGCUGAGCCGCCGCGGUGCGAUGAGGACGAGAUUCAAGUUCAAGAAUUGCCGAUGGUUAUGAAUUAUGAAGUUGGCCUUUGUAUAGUAUGCAUGGAAGGGUUUCAAAGAGGUGUUGAUCAUGGCAAAAAAACCCUUUGUGGCCAUGUUUUCCAUGCAAAUUGCCUUACCAAAUGGCUCUCUAUUUGUAAUUCUUGCCCUCUUUGCCGUUUCAAAGUCUCCGCCGCCACCUCGUCCUUGUCGGUUACUAAUUGA